AUGAAUGCAAACCAAACAAUGUUUACAGACUUCAUAAUUUUAGGAUUAUCAAAUAAUCCUAAACUUAAAACUCCAUUGUUCUUCUUUCUCCUUCUAAUUUAUGUGUUCACAUUAGCAGGAAAUAUCUCUAUCAUCUGUGUGUCUCAGUUGGAUAAGACUCUACACACGCCAAUGUACUUCUUUUUGCAAAAUUUGUCAUUUCUUGAUAUCUGCUACACUUCCACAACCAUGCCAAAAAUGUUGCAAGCAUUAAUAGUAGAAAGAAAAGUAAUUUCAUUCGCUGGUUGUGUAACUCAAAUGUAUUUCUUCUUGACGUUUGUGGGUACUGAAUGUGUCCUGCUUUGUGUUAUGUCAUAUGAUCGUUGUCUAGCCAUAUGCUACCCUUUUAGAUAUUGUAUCAUUAUGAAUCGUAAGGUUUGCUUAUCUUUGUCAAGUUUUUCUUGGAUCAGCGGCCUAAUAAACUCCAUUGUUCAUACUUUCUUUACUUUCCAUUUAAAUUUCUGUGACCACAACAAGAUCAAUUAUUUUUAUUGUGAUAUACCUCCACUCCUUUCAAUCUCUUGCAAAGAUACAUCUAUUAAUGAAAUUUUGUUACUAUCCAUAGGAAUGUUUAUCGGGUGGACUCCUUUCCUGUGCAUCAUUGUAUCAUAUCUAUGCGUUAUUUUAACAAUAUUAAAAAUAAAGUCCACAGAUGGAAGGCAAAAAGCUUUCUCUACCUGUGCCUCACAUAUCACUGUGGUGGUCAUAUACUUUGGCAGUGUUCUGUUCAGUUAUGUGAGGCCAAUUUCUAGAUAUUCAUUGAGUAAAGACAGGGUUAUUUCAGUCUUGUAUUCUGUUGUUUCACCAAUGAUGAACCCCUUGAUAUACACUUUGAAAAACAAUGAUGUUAAAAAUGCCAUGAGAAGGCAGUUUAUGUUUAAACAAAGAUCUUGA